UGAUUUUAGUUGACAAUAUCAGUUGAAUUAAGCUAAGCCCAACACUGACCACUAAAAAAAUGAUGUUCCCUAGUUUUUCUGCGAUUCUUGUGCUGUCUACUCUGGCUUACAGCAGCUAUGCUGUACCAAUUUUGAGUUCAAGCAAUGUUGUUCCUUGGAGUAUUUUGAAAUGGCCCAGUUAUCCAAAAGCUGAGGUAAAAGUGCUGGAGCAAGUUGCUGCACAAGCCUCCAAACUGAUUCUUGAUUCAAUGCUCAAUUCAGAGAAAGAGGAAAACAAAGAUGAAGCUGAAGCUAGUCUAAAGCAAUCAUUAAAUUUUGGAAACCUUUUUGACAAUAUUAUUCCAAACACUUUUCCCUCACCACGAGAAAACAAGGAAGAAGCUAAAGUUAAAGAGCAAUCACUCGGACAACUUUUUGGCAAUAUUCACUCACAAUUUGAGGAGACUGAUAAAGUGGAGGAACAACAACACCAACAACAAACUUUUGCUGAUCUUCUUAGUGAGAUAAACAAUAGAGCAAGUGAGUUGAUAAAAGCACGUACACCUUUGAACAAACAUCAGAAGUCAGAUGCAGAUCAAGCUCGUGAUCAAUUUUUUACCGACUUACGCAAUACCUUGUCUGAUGCUAUUCGAGCACCAACAAGGAAUGGAUUUCCUACUAACAGAAUUUCCCAGUUCCCAACUCAGCGGUACAUAUACCCAACCAUCGCCCCGACUAAAUACAACUACCCAUCUCCAACUCAGCGAUACAUACACCCAACCAGAGCCCCGACUAAAUACAACUACCCAUCUCCACCAACCUAUAACACCGGCUGGAUAAAGGAGCUCUUGGAUAUGAGCAAGAAUGAGUGAAGUAAUUCUCAUGAAUAGAAAGAACUAUAGAGAACAUUUCUUGAACAAUUUUAGUUGUGAUUAUUUACUACACUAGUACAAAAAUAGUUGGUUUAGCCUAUAGUAGGUAUCUUUCAAAAUAUGAGUUUGCAAGUAUGAUUAUUCAUUCUCUUCAGAAA